CUGCACUUUCCUUUUUCUUCCCGCUGUUUCCUCUCUUUCUUCUCUCUCUCUUUAUAUCCAUUUCUUACAAUUUUUCUUAUUACUUCUUACAAUUUCUCAUAAAAAAUUAAACUUUUAUUUAUCUUCUUCAUUUUUACAGCACAUAGCAAGCCAAUUUUAAAUUUUGGGCAAACAUGAAGAGGAAACCCUAGCUCUUAGCACAAAACCCUAAUUCCCUUCUACCCAAUUCUUGGUUUUUCCAAAGACUCAAUUUUUUGCUUGUGGGUUUGUUGAAAAUUGCGUGGAGAAAAGGAUAAUAUGGAAAAUCCGGUACCUAGGACUGUAGAAGAAGUAUUCAACGAUUUCAAAGGUCGUAGAGCUGGUUUAAUUAAAGCACUUACCGUAGAUGUUGAGAAGUUUUAUCAGCAGUGUGAUCCUGAAAAGGAGAACUUGUGUCUCUAUGGGCUUCCUAGUGAGACGUGGGAAGUAAACCUCCCUGUGGAAGAGGUGCCUCCAGAACUUCCGGAGCCAGCAUUAGGCAUAAAUUUUGCACGUGAUGGAAUGCAAGAGAAAGACUGGUUAUCACUUGUUGCUGUUCACAGUGAUUCAUGGUUGCUUUCUGUUGCGUUCUACUUUGGUGCACGGUUUGGGUUCGGCAAGAGUGAAAGGAAGAGGCUUUUCCAAAUGAUAAAUGAUCUGCCAACAGUAUUUGAGGUUGUAACCGGAGCUGCUAAGCAGGCACAUGAUGCCGCUCACAAUAAUAGCAGCAAAAGCAAAUCAAGUGGAAAGUCUCGACAGCCAGACCCCCAGCCCAAGGCAGUAAAGAUAUCUCCACCUAAAAUGGAGGAUGAAAGUGGGGAGGAGGAAGAAGAAGAAGAUGAUGAACAAGGGGCAACUCUCUGUGGAGCUUGUGGUGAUAAUUACGCCACUGAUGAAUUCUGGAUUUGCUGUGAUAUUUGCGAGAGAUGGUUCCAUGGCAAAUGUGUGAAGAUUACUCCAGCAAAAGCUGAACACAUCAAGCAGUAUAAGUGUCCUAGUUGCAGUAGCAAGAGAGCUAGAGUUUAAAUUGUGGUAACUUUAAAGAGCAGCAUCAAUCAAGUUGUGAUGUUGGAAGGUCUAGAACUUUUAGCUCAGUUAUUUAAGUGUCAUCUGUAUCAAAGUUGAAUGUUUGCUGAUCGGAUGUCCCUUUCAUAAAUAUUUUCUGUCUGUUUAUCUUGCUUUUGGAUUGCGUUUUAGAUAAUUACAUUUGUGCCUGUUACCAUCUUG